AUGGAAGUCUCCACCUCCUCGGAGGCGGCGGAGCUAGUGCUUCAAGAGCGCAAGAAGCAGCGCGAGCUAGAAGCGCGCAACCAAAAGGCCCCCCCUGUUCCGCUCGCGGCGCCGGCCCUGGAGACGGUGUCAGUGCCCAAAUGGGAGGGCGCAGACGAAGGCGAGGUAGACGAGUCCGAGCUGGACCGGCGCCAGCGCGCCAUCUCGGACCGUCUGGACCGACGCCAGCGCGAGAUUCACCGCCAGUCCAAGGAGCUCACGCGCGUGCGCGCGGAGCUCAAGGCCCUCGAGGAGCCCAUCAAGGCCGAGAUCAUGCAGCUGCGCGAGCGCCUGGAGGACUCCAACCGCAGAGAGAAAGCCCUGGUCGAAGCCGUCAACGCGCUGCGGAAGGACUUGUUUGAAAAGGAGGGCGGGUUGAAGGACGUUCGCGAGGAAAAACAGGGCCUUGCGGAUAGUUUGAUAAAGGUCAUGGCCGAUUAUGAAAAGAGGAAGACCGAACGCCUCAAUGCAAUCGCAGACUUGGUGGGGGGAGACGGCGGGCACACCCGCCCGAAGCACCCUCCGUCCAAUUUCACUGGCUUUUGAAGAUAUGCGCUUGCUUGCAUGCCACAGUCUUACACGUCCUCGGAUGAUCAAGGUGCUCGCGAUACGGAAUCUUUGAGUUGCAGUGCUACGACACCCACCCUUUGUCGAAAGUAAUCGCGACAGGCUUCUCAACUUGUGCUUGCUCUCUCCUUCCAACGCUUCGCGCAAUACGUUGUGUGCAACCGGCUGCGUCGGCACCCAGAGCGCCCCUCUGCGCGUCUAGCGUUCCCUGAACGAACUAUGUUUAACUCACGAAUACGCAAUAUGUAAAUACAACAAACUUUAAAUGCAAGCCGUCUACGUU